UAUUAAAAUUAUAGAUCUCCCUGUUCGCGAAUAUUUAAAGUUUACUAGGAUCUUUGAACUUAAGAGACAGCACUGUGGUUAAAUUUAGACCAAUGCGACUAGACACUGUUUAAAGUUAGCUCGGACAUAUCCCAGUUAGGGCUCCUAGGUGAGCCGCAGAAUUCGUACGAAUGGAGUUAAUCAUAUUUGUCUAAAAUUUCGACAGAAUUUGGAUCGAGAAUGCCGUCAGCAUCGAACGGAAAUAAACAGCCCGACGAUAGUCAGACAUGGGAGCUGGCGGAGAGGUGUCUGCUACCCAUAGCAUUUUCACACGCAGUUGCGGUAAUCCUGGCGACUAUACUCAACACCUUCGGCAUCUCACAAACAUCUAGUUUCGUGCUUUUCAUACUACUGUUGAUCAUAUCAGUAGGAUCCACGCUAUUCUAUCACAAUCUAAAGGUUACUGCUGCAGGGAAAGCAAUACUAAUCACAGGUUGCGAUUCGCGAGUUGGAUAUGCUCUGGCUAAACAACUGGACGACUUGGGCUUCACUGUGUUCGCUGGAUUUAACAAUAAAGCGGAGAAUGAGGAGAUCAUGCAGAAAUUAAAAGAUGACGCUUCGGGCAGGCUGCACGUGCUGCAGUUGGACGUCAUCAGCGAACGUGAUAUACACUCUACCUUUCUCUACGUCAACGAGAACCUGCCCGACGGGGCUCCUGGACUAUGGGCACUGGUGCAUGCUGCUGCUUGGGUGACUCUCGGAGAAUGCGAGUGGAUUCCCCCAUCUGUUCUCAAGCGAAGUAUAGAUAUCAAUUUCAUCGGUCUGGCACGCUUAACUCAGGUAUUUCUACCCUUGGUGAGGAGGUCAAAGGGUCGAAUCGUUUUGGUCAGUAGCCUUUUGGCGCGGAUACCGAGUCCCGUUCGAGGCAUCUAUUGUGCGCUUAAGGCUGCUGUGGAAGCCUGGGGUUCAUGUUUAAGGCUGGAGAUGCGAAGAUGGGGUGUGGAUGUUGUAAUUGUCGAAACUGGAGAAUAUAUAUCUGGUAACGCAUGGCUGAAAGAUAAUACAGCAUUGCUAGAACAAGCUAGAGAUAUGUGGACACAAUUGGAUCCUCAAACUCGCAAAGAAUAUGGCCAGGAACUGUUUCAAUCAGAGAUGUUAGCUCUGGAGAAGUACACUCAGGGACCUGAGGCAGAUUUAACUGCAGUUACAAGGACUCUCACAGAUGCUGUGGUAAAGACUUUCCCAAUGCGGCGGUACACGCCUGUAUUGCGUAGUGAAAGAAUACAAGCAAUGUGUAAUCAUUAUUUGCCAAAGCCGAUUUAUGAUAUAUUAUACACAAAUUAAAUAUACAUCCUACAUACUGACAUGUCAUCAAUGCUCAGAAUACAAUUAGAGAUAAUUAUAUAGAUACACUUUUUUGAACAAAUAAUAGAUAAUACUGUAAAAAGAGAUUUAUGUAAAACAAAGAAACAAGUUUUUUAGCAGUUUGUGCAACCACUUGAAACACUGCCUAUGUAAAACAACUGCAAAGACACUGUGUCAAUUAAUAAAGUUACUCUACCAAAUUACAGUUUACACUCUUCACAGACAUAAGCAUAAACUUUAAUUAUCUGAAACUUUACCAACAAAACAAACUAUAAGGCAAUUUACUUAGUUUGUAUGUUUAAGUGACUUAUAAUUAUUUUCUAUUUUAUAAAUGUGAAUAUUUUCAACAUUCUUAGAACCAAUAUUUAUGUUAGAAAUGGUAAGCCGUUAGAAAUAGCAGUUAAAGAUAGUCGGAAUUUAUGGUUGUGAUUUUGCAAUUCUAGUAAUAAUA